GUAUCAGCCAGAACAGCCUAAUUUGGCAUACCAGAUGGCUAGGACAACAGAGGAGACAGAUAAUAAUGAGUCUGUGAGCACCAAACCUUCUAAAUUCUCUGGCUCAGUGGUGAACAUUUCAACUUUCAUCAUUGGUUUCCUUAUCGUGGGUAGCUGUAUCCUCACUGCCCUUGAGCCAAGCCUUCUGAUAAAGUCUGUAUGGAUUAUUGCUGCCAUCCUUGUUCUUGCUGUCAGCUUCAUUAUAUGGAAACAGCCUGAAAGCAAAACCAAGCUCUCCUUUAAGGUACCUCUUUUGCCCCUUCUUCCUGUUGUGAGUAUUUUUGUGAAUGUUUACCUCAUGAUGCAGCUAGACCUAGGCACAUGGAUACGUUUUGCAGUCUGGAUGCUCAUAGGCUUUAUCAUCUACUUUUCUUAUGGAAUAUGGCACAGUGUGGAAGCCACCUACGCAGCCUCAGCAGAUGUGGAGAGAAACACGGAUGCUGGUUCAGACAGCUGUAAAUGA